UUAGUUCGUUAACGAAUGGUUCCGAGAUAUUUUUCGGUGACAUUUUUUAAUUAUUUUUCUUGUGAAUUCCAAUUGGGUGCAUAUUCUUGAAAGCAAUUGUGGCAGUUAAAGUAACCAACAAAAAAAAAAAGAAAUAUUAAAAUACCACAAUCGCAGAUGUCUCUCAUAUGAAAGAAAAUUUAAAAAGUGUUUAGUUUGAAAACGCUCGACUUAAAUAAUGCUGUAUGUGCAGAUUAAAAAAGAAGAAAAAAUGCACCACCUACAUGCCGUUUGAGUCGUCUAUGUGAAAUAGCAGCAACAGAAUACCCAAAAUCGCUUAUUUAAUCGAUUUGAUAAACAAAAGACACCUCGAUCCACUGCCAAACCGGAAAGAAAUUCGCCCGUAACGAAUGCGUUUUGUGCAAAGCAAUAACAACACACUGGCAACGGACAGACGACCUGGUUAACACAAAUAAUUCAUGUACUCCUCACUGGUGUUCGCGUUGUUUGUAAAACACUACAAUUGUUUAUAAUUAUAAAAAUCGAAUAACCACAAAAAUAAUAAAAAAAAAAACGACAAAAGAAUUCGCAUAUUUUUUUUCUAUAUUUUUAUGCUGCCACUUUUGCUGCUCUCGACAAAAAUAGCACUCAAAUGCUGUUUGCUUUGUCGUUUCGCUAGCAAAUAGAGGAGAAGAAGAAGGCACAGAAAAAAAUUAUUAAAAAAAACCGUGUUGGUGUUUGCUCAAAAAGAGGAGGAAUUUCAUUUCAAAAAUUCAAUAAAGGCAAUAAAAACAAACAUAAUUAUUUAAAGAAAAAUACGAAAAAAAAAGAAUUGUGUAUAGAAAUCAUCAUUAUCAACAACCAACAACAUGUCUGCUGCUGCUCUAUGCUAUUGGCAGGCAACGACAGCCGUUGUGGCUGACAGCACCACCAGCCCAACAUCAACAACAAUGAAUGUGGGCCACAGUAUUGACGAAGAUGCCAACCAACAAGACGAUUGGGAAAUGCAACAUCAUCUGAAUAAUGUUGGCGUUACAAAUGGUCGCAGUGCGGUGAGCGGGGGUGAUGUGGUGACAAUCGGUGAGGGUGGUGGUGGCCGUGAUCAUCAUCAUAGUCACCAUCAGCGGCAACGGCAGCGAUACCAACAGCAACAACGUCAUUUUUAUAACCCUGAAAAUCAGCAGCAUCCCCGAUAUUCGGAUCACCACCACACCAACCAUUAUGACGACGAGGAGGAUCCAUAUGAAGGUGAUGGCUUGCCUGUCACUAUCAAUGCUUAUGGCGAUGCCGACGACUAUGGCGAUUACAAUGGACACUUGAAAACAAUAGACGGCAUGGAUGGAAUGUUUUUGGCGGAUCAUGAGAUCGCCCGCAGCCAUCAAUUGUUGAGAAAUUUAUCUGCAGCUUAUGUAUCCAGCGCGGCAGCAGCUGUUGAGAGUGGCAGUGGGGGAGGACGACAACGCCAUGCCCCACUCUAUGGUCGUUUUGUUGGUGAGGAAGAGCUUCCUGCGACACAUCGUGAAGUAAUGCAUCAUCGAUCUAGUCCAACGUCUUCGUCAGAGGUGCGCGCCAUGCAAGCACGAAUUCCAACACAUUUUCGUGAUCCCGCAACGGCGCCGUUGCGAAAAUUAAGUGUGGAUUUAAUAAAGACCUACAAACAUAUAAAUGAGGUUUAUUAUGCUAAAAAGAAGCGACGUGCCCAGCAGACACAAGGCGAGGAUGACUCGUCCAAUAAAAAAGAACGUAAAUUAUAUAACGAUGGUUAUGACGAUGAUAAUCACGACUAUAUAAUCAAACAUGGUGAGAAAUUCUUGGACCGAUAUGAAAUUGACUCGUUAAUAGGCAAAGGAAGUUUUGGACAAGUGGUCAAGGCGUACGAUCACGAAGAGCAAGGUUAUGUAGCAAUAAAAAUAAUUAAAAACAAAAAACCGUUCCUAAAUCAGGCACAAAUCGAAGUUAAACUAUUGGAAAUGAUGAAUCGGGCAGACGCAGAAAACAAAUAUUAUAUUGUUAAACUUAAAAGGCAUUUUAUGUGGCGCAAUCAUUUAUGUUUAGUAUUUGAAUUAUUAUCCUAUAAUUUGUAUGAUUUAUUGCGUAACACAAAUUUUCGUGGUGUUUCAUUGAACUUAACGCGAAAAUUUGCUCAACAGCUAUGCACUGCUUUGCUCUUCUUGAGUACUCCCGAACUGAAUAUAAUCCACUGUGAUCUUAAACCCGAGAAUAUAUUACUUUGUAAUCCGAAACGGUCGGCCAUCAAAAUCGUUGAUUUUGGCAGUUCGUGUCAGCUGGGACAAAGAAUAUACCAAUAUAUACAAUCGCGCUUCUAUCGUUCACCGGAAGUCUUACUGGGUAUACCUUAUGACUUGGCCAUUGAUAUGUGGUCAUUGGGUUGUAUUUUAGUUGAAAUGCAUACUGGCGAGCCCCUGUUCUCGGGUUGCAACGAAGUCGAUCAAAUGAAUAAAAUCGUCGAGGUUUUAGGCAUGCCACCCAAAUAUCUGCUGGAUCAAGCGCACAAGACUCGUAAAUUCUUUGAUAAAGUAGUCUCGGAUGGUUCGUAUGUCUUGAAGAAAAGUCAAAACGGGCGCAAAUACAAACCGCCUGGGUCUCGAAAAUUGCAUGAUAUAUUGGGCGUCGAAACGGGUGGACCUGGCGGCAGACGCAUGGAUGAACCCGGUCAUUCUGUGGCAGACUACUUGAAAUUCAAAGACUUGAUUUUGCGAAUGUUGGACUUUGAUCCAAAGACACGUGUAACACCCUAUUAUGCCCUGCAGCAUAAUUUCUUUAAGCGUACCUCUGACGAGAGUACCAAUACCGGUGCUGGUACAGUACAACCUGGUAGUAUAGCAAUAUCUUCGCCUUCCGUUAGUUCAACAUCAUCGUCAACGGCCGCCUUAGUGCCGGGCCAAAUGCUAUCGGCCAGUGCGGUGCAACAUUCGGAGCAACAAAGCCAUGGUCUUUUAAUGCAUCCAUCCACACAACAACCCAAUAGCUUAAGUGGUGCAGCUUCUGGCCAAUCGGGCAAUUUUAUACGUUCCCGAGGUAUCAGUGGCAAUGGCGGCUUAGGUGGGCCGCAAAGCUUUGAUCAAAGCAGUUUGCUGAUUAAAUCAUUGUACGAGCAGCAGCAGCAACAACAACAACUCCUCGCCGCUCAGCAAUCGCUGGGCCUUCUAUCACCUGCCAAUAGUAGUAGUUGUAGUAGUACAACCCAAAAUAGCAGCAACAUCAACAAUAGUCACCAUCAAUAUCCACUGGCCAUGGACUGUGAUCCACCGGCGACUCAACAAUCCAUGGUACACUCAUCGACGCAGCAACAGCCGCCGCCGCCACCACUGCCACAUCAUCACAACUAUGCCCCCGCUUCGUUACCUUUAGAUUUGGUACAUCAUCCGCUAUCGGCGGCUGCCUCGCAUUUAAUGAUGACCGAUUCGAGUGUUAUAACGGCUUCAGCAGCCGGACCUGCCUACUCAUCUUGGUCCAGUUCAGGGCCCAGCAAUCAUGUCUUUGGCAUGCCACCGCCCUCAUCGGGUCACGUUGGUUCUCUCUCUGGUGUUGGUCUUCCCACAUCCAGUAUGGUGGUUGGCGGCGACAUGGUGCAAACACCAUUGCAAACCCAUAUGCAGCAACAGCAGCAGCAUCAUCAGAAGCUGCAACAGCAACAGAUGCAACAUUCGCAAAGGCGCACAGAUUCACAGGCACGCAUGAUGCCGUCCGGCAGUUCCGCUAGCAAUAGUUCGAAUUCGGCUAGUGUUGGUCCAGGUGGUGGGGGUGGCGGCGGCGGUGGUAGCGCUUCCUCCACAAGCGGAAAUGCCUCCUCUCCCAUGGUGGGCGUUUGUGUUCAACAGAGUCCUGUAGUAAUUCAUUAGUUUCAUGGAAACUUUAAUAGUUAAGCAUGCCUUCUAACUUUAAAUAUUUUUCUCCACUUUAUUCUGUCGACUCUUUCUCCAUUUGCUCUGUUGGGUUUCGCAGAGAAAAAUUGUAUAUUUUCUACACUUCCCCCCAAUUUCCAAAAAAAAAACACACAGCAGGAGAAGAAAGGUCUUCUUCCCAGUACGAUCGCAUAUUUAAUAAUAAAAUAUAUUAUUGAUAAUUAUUAUUGAAAAUAUUUGUAUUUAAACGUUAAAGCGUUACUUUGUCCAUUUGUUUUGCCUUUUCUUAAAUUGAUUUCUUUUCAAAUUAGGUUACAUGAUACACAUACAUAUGCCUAAUAACAGAUCCAUACGAAUAAAAACACACAUAUAUAUGUAUCCAUAUAUACAUACAUACGUACAUACACUUGAUAAAGUUAUUCGAUAACAACUAAGGUGAAAACAUAUACACAUUAUUACUAUUAUGGUUUUACGAGAGUUACCCACAGCUGCUAGACAGACCCCCAUACAAUUUGGGUGGAUAGACGCUUAGCCUGCGAAAUUGAGAUCUUCUUACACUCCCAUGAAAGUGUAUUCUACAACAGUUGCAACAGUUCCGUUGUGGAACAAAAACUAUUACCCUUUCCUGAUUCUUUAGAACGCGGUUUUUCAAAUCCGUCCAUUUGUAUUGAACUUAAUAAUGGGGAAGAAGGUUGUGUUCUCCAUAUG